AUGACGGACGAAAUCAAGGAGCUUGAGUUGGAAGAGCUGUUCUCCCAAGCCAAAGACAGAUAUGUUGGAAUACCAACUGGUGAAGAUGUAGUACUAACUCCAACUGAAGAAGUAAUUCAAAGAAUUCAGUCGAAUCCUUCGGUGCAGGGAUUUCUGAUCGUCGAUUGUAAAGGAAUUAUAAAAAGAUCGUCUGUGGAUCUGGCGCGCGCAAUAGACUACAAAGUCGCCACAAAAAAGCUCGUUGCUGCUGCGAGAUAUGUGGUGAAAAACUUGGACCCGCGGGAUGACCUCAAAUUUUUGCGAAUAAGAACGAAAAGCACUGAGAUAAUGUUGGGGCCUGAAAAUGGAGACACGCUAGUGGUAAUACAGAGCCUGCCAAAUCCUUACAGCAAGGAAAGAAACGAAGAUGGGCUCAAGAAAGAAAAAUAG